CGUUUCCGCUUGGAAGAUGCAUGUUGAUUUCGGCUGUCAAAUAUCCCUCGCGAGCAUGCGAGUGGCCAAGAGCCGCUAAAGCUAUGCACAUAUGUCUAUAUGGUCCACUAAAACUGGCUGUAAUGUUACAGUGUAGCCCUCAUUAAAAAUGGCAGCAAUUGCUGGAGCGAGGGCUCUUCUCAGCCUCCGUCGAUCAGAGACGCUUCAGCGCAGCUUUGGGUUAAUUACACUACAGCUGACGUCAACCUGCCUUCCCAGGAGGCUUUGCAGUGCUCCUACAAGAAGUAAUGAGCUGCCGAAGCCACAGGUUACCCCAGAGAAUGAAUCUCUGCUGGAGAAUCUGAAUCUCAUGGGAGUUGAUGUGAAGAUGGCACGCCAGCGUCAGCCCGGGGUGCUUCGUAAAAUCUUCACUAAUGAGCAAGGUCUCGCUCAGUUUCUGCAAAGCAAAGGUGCCAGCCGCAAAGUAAUAGCUGGCAUCAUAUCCCGUUAUCCCCGUGCUAUCACCCGCUCAGUUGAACAUUUGGAACAGCGCUGGGAGCUGUGGAGAAACAUCUUCAAGUCUGAUGAAGAAAUUGUGAGCAUCCUGGAUCGUUCGCCUGAGUCUUUUUUCCGGUCCAGUGAUAAUGGGAACUUGGAAAAGAACAUAGCUUUUCUGACCUCGCUGGGACUGAACGCUAAAGACCUCCAUCGGCUGCUGACCACAGCUCCGCGGACAUUCUCUAACAGUUUGGAGCUCAACAGGCAGAUGGUGGAGUUUCUGGAAGACAUCUGUGUAGAGCUUGGUGGGACGAAUCCAGAGCAGUUUCCAAAAGCUGUCAUAUCCAGAAACCUUUAUAUUCUCAUUCGAAGCACUAAGAGAGUCAAGACAAACAUUGAUAUCCUGAGAGCUUCUCUUAAGUUGAGCAAUUCAGAACUACUUGCUCUUCUUCAAGGCCCUGGAGCAGAGAUACUGGACCUUUCCAAUGAAUAUCUGAAAAAUAAUUUUAACAGUCUCCAACAAAAGAUGGUUUUACUUGGCUGUCGGAGGGCUGACAUAAAAAAACUAAUCAUCAGCUAUCCAAUGGUUCUGUACAUUGGGCCAGACACGCUGAGCUCUAAACUAGACUGUCUUGUAAAAGGAGGAAUAACAAUGAAGCAGAUAGUGGAAAAGCCCAAAGUUUUAGACUACAGCACACAGAACAUUACAGGGCGACUAGAGGAGCUGCAGAGAGUGGGAUAUGACUUCCAGAAGAAUGGCAUCAACAUCCUGGACUCUAGCCGAAAGCGGUUUGUUGCUAAGAUAGAAAAACUUUGUGUCUCAACAGACGACUAGUCAUGGCUCAGUAGC